AUGAAGUACGAGCCGUGGGAAGUGCCCCAGCUCCAUCAGCAAGCCACCGGUGCCUGGGCCAAGGAGCUCGACAAAGCGAUCGACUGCAUCACCGGCGUGCUCGUCCCGAACCAAAUCAUCUUCCGAUUAGGCUACGGCUUCACAUCACUCGAGCUGUGGAUCGAAUGCAGCCGGGGUCAGUUUCUGAAGGCUUUCGAAAAUUCAGACACAUUCCGCACCCCUAACAUCCUCCCCCAAUCGCCCGCGGAACUCGAGCUCUUCUUCAUCUGCCCCCGCGACUCCCGGCCCGCUAGCCCGCAACAGCAGCAGCUGGUCUUAAUCAAAUGCUACUGUGCGGGGCAGCAGUACGCGCUGCCGACGCUGUUCCAGGCCGAGGUCGCGGCGGGCGUCGCCUGCUACCACUUCUACUUCGUGCGGUGUGUCCGGUACGGGGUGCACCACCCGUGGUUCAACCUGCUGUACGAGCGGCUGGCGUCGUAUGUUCUGGCCCAGCCGGAGGAGGUGCAGGCGAUCAACGGGCGGCUGUCGUUCUACGGACGGCAGGUGUUUAUGCACGCGUGGCGGCAGGAGAAUCCGGCGGAGACGGAGUUCAUGGAGCGGAUUUUGGGGGUGUGGGCUUAG